CUCCGGCCAGAGCGUCUAGUGCGGUUUUAUGAUUGACGAAACAGAGAAUGAGGCAAGGAAGCUUAUCGAAACCCACGUGAUGUCUUAGUGUGUUGGGAAAUUUGACUGACGGAAGGAAAGAGAAAAUGCUGUCGACAAAUAUCAUCCCCUUCUACUUCCAAUAGUACCCCGCUAUGAUCACCGAUUCCAGGUACAAUGUUACAAGAGCUGGAAAAUCCGAGUACACAAGGUCCCGACAUCUCUAAUUUUGGCUGGAGAAGAAGGGAUGCGGCAAAUUAAGGAAGUUACAAAAUUAGAAGCAUUUCACUGUCACUGGAAGGGAGUGCGGCGUUUAUGUGGCAGUCUGAAUGCUAAUGAUGUACGAGUCCGUCCAACCCGAACUGCUAGUUGCCGUUGCGUGUAUGUCACAACACCUGCAAGGUUCUGUAUACUUCCUACCGGUUGCAACAGUGCAGUACUGCCUGACAUAACGAACCAAACACAGAGCUGACUCCUGCACUACUUGGUUGCUUUAAAUUCGCCAGUAAUGAUACUUUGUAUCAAGACGUGCUGAAUAAAACAUCGAGAAAUUGUGAUAAGGUAUAAUUUCGUCAGUGAGAAUUCAUUUUAUAAUACUUUGGAGAGAAAUUAUAGUCCACAAUGAAGAAUGACGUUGAAAAUGGGAAUUCGACGGAAUUCGGAAAUGUGAACAAAGCAUUUGAAGAUGAUUCAGGACAACAGGAUAUACAACUCAAGUCCUCACAGUUGAACGGAGUUCCUAUCGUUGCUGCAACAACUGACAAAACAAAACUGGAUGGUGCCACGGAUGCCGAAGAGAAUGUCAGUGCCGGUCAAGAAAGACAACAGUGGUCAAAUGGAAUUGAGUUCCUCAUGUCAUGUAUUGCCAUGUCAGUUGGGCUGGGCAAUAUUUGGAGGUUUCCUUACACAGCGUUCAAAAAUGGGGGCGGAGCAUUUCUCAUACCCUACAUCGUGGUCCUCUUCCUCAUCGGCAAGCCAUUGUAUUACUUGGAGAUGGCUGUAGGACAGUUCGUGUCUGGAGGACCAGUCAAAGUUUGGGUACUCUCACCAGCACUCAAAGGCCUUGGCUAUGGACAGAUGUUUGCCACAAUCAUGGUGCUCAUCUACUACUGCUCUCUAAUGGCUCUCACUGUGUUUUACUUCCUUCAGUCGUUUGCCUCUGAACUGCCGUGGUCGACGUGUGCAGAAGAAUGGGACAAUUGUUUUGACUCCAAAGGCGCAGAAGGCAAUAUUAGUGACGCUGCAAAUCGUACAGGUUACAAGAGUUCGUCUGAAUUAUAUUUUUACAAGUAUGUACUGCAUGAACCAAACUCCAUAGAAGAUGGUAUUGGAGCCCCAGACUGGCGUCUCACUCUGUGUCUGCUGUUUUCGUGGAUAAGCAUCUUUGUGGUUAUUGUCCGAGGUGUGAAGAGCUCAGGCAAGGCAGCGUACUUCCUCGCGCUCUUCCCCUAUGUAAUUAUGGUUACCCUGCUUAUCCGUGGUGCUACUUUGCCAGGUGCUGGCCAAGGGAUUCUGUUCUUCAUCGAGCCUCAGUGGGGAGAACUAUUAAAUCCCGAGGUGUGGUACAAUGCCGUUACCCAAGCCUUCUUUUCCCUCAAUAUCUGCUUCGGAACGCUUAUUAUGUAUUCAUCUUAUAAUGAUUUCAAUCAUAACGUUUAUAGGGAUGCCAUGAUCGUCACCACACUUGAUACGUUCACUAGUCUGCUUGCCGGCUGCACAAUAUUUUCCAUCUUGGGAAACCUGAUGUACGAAUUGGGUAUAGAUGAUAUACAAGGGGUUGUGCAGGGAGGCACUGGGCUUGCUUUCGUGUCAUACCCCGAUGCAAUUUCCAAGUUCGAUGCUGUCCCUCAGCUUUUUGCAGUGCUGUUCUUCUUAAUGCUCUAUACAUUAGGGAUCGGCAGUGCUGUAGCUCUUUCAGGAGCAGUUAUUACUGUUAUCUGUGACAGCUUUCCAAAUUUGAAGUAUUGGAUUGUUGCAUUAGCCACUUGCAUAGUUGGUUUCAUUGGGGGACUAGUCUAUGUCACACCUGGUGGACAGUAUAUUUUGACUCUGGUGGAUUUCUAUGGUGCAAACUUCACCGUUUUCAUCUUAGGAACAAUUGAAAUGAUUGGAAUAGCUUGGAUUUAUGGUGUGGAUAACUUAUGUAAUGAUUUGGAGUUCAUGCUCGGUAAGAAAAUGGGCAUAUAUUGGAGACUAUGUUGGGGUGUUGUUACACCAGUUCUCAUGCUUGUCAUCCUUGUGUACUCCAUGGUCAUCAUGAAACCAGAAACUUACCAUGAUGAACCGUUCCCAACAUCUGCUUAUGCUGCAGGUUGGAUUCUUUUUACAUUUGGAGUGAUCCAGCUUCCAUUUUGGGCAUUGCUUGUUAUAUUCAAGAGGAGAAAGGGGACCUUCCUUGAGACAAUGGAGUCUGCAUUCCGAUAUUCGGAGCUGUGGCGUCCACGGGAUAAUCGGAAAUAUAAAGAGUGGAAGGACUUCAAAGAGAAGAAGACGAGAGAACUAGAGCAAUUCUUGCGUCAUGAAUCAUUGUGGGAGAAAAUUGUCCGUAUAAUCACCGGGAAUUCACCACUGAGAAGCAGACUGGAUGAAUCUAGUUCUGUACAGACUAAAUACUGAUGUGUUUGUCACGUGAAACGUAUGGUUCAUGUUUAUCACAAGAACUUGGCACGAAAGUUAUGCCAUUGAAAGCCAUCCUAUCCGAGAAAUUUUCAAUUUCCCACAGUCAGUAACGACGAAUUCUGUACACCCGAAUUUGUGAUGCGGAAUCACUACCUCCAUUUCUCCUAGGAUCCUGACGGUGCGUAUGAUAACAGAGAGUGGAAAAUAUAUAAUUUUGCUAAGGCUAAAUAAUAAUAAAUUUCAAAUUUUUUGUGUUUACCUUAUGUGGUUCAUUAAUUAUGGUCACCGAAUCGACAGCUGAGGAAUUUUUUUUUGCAGGAAGAAAGAUCGCAAGCAGUCCUACAUCUUACCUGUGAAAUCUCGCUUGUACAUCAACAAAUACAAACAAUGGGACAAUGACAAUCUUUGGAGUAAUGUGUGGUAUAUUUAAGGCAUAAAGUUUGUACAGCAGUCGUAAACAUUUCAGAAAAUAAAAUAAAAUAAUGCUAAUAUUGGAGUAAUAGAUCUAUCUGACCAUGAACCUACAUAACUGGAAAGAAGGCUUUAUGAAUUCUAGGCGGAACCCAUUCUUUCGGUUUACAUUUACGUUGUUUGUGACUGUUUUAUAUAAACGCAGGAGGCAGAAGAACUAUGUUGCAAUGAAGUUACUUGCAGCCAAUGAACUACAUUUUGCAAUUUAUAAAUACCCACAUUUAGUAAUUCCUUACUCCUGCAAUCACAUUGAUCUUACUAGUAUAACAUAUAUAGUUAGGUUAACCAUCGCCACAACAAAGUGUUUUAUAAUAAAUCAAUAUUUUACAAUUGAAUAUUUAUUUCCUGCUACAUGUUUCGGUCUCCUAAGACCAUCAUCAUGCAGUGAUACAAGAAUACAUCUAGAGUCAUUUAAUUGCUAAUAUGGAUCCAUUUUUGGUAUAAAAUGUCAUACUCUGUGAUAUAGAAUUGUACCUCGAGUUAAAUAUGAACACUGAAAUUAAGUAAAUAUAUAUAAUAUACCUAAGAAAUAUUGAAAACAUGUAUAUUAUAAAAGUACACGUAUGUUGACUCUGUAUUAAAGGUAUUGAAAUAUAUAUUAAAAUUAUUUAAAA